GUCUUAUUAUAGAGGAGCCAGCGGCGCCCUUUUGGUCUACGACAUUUCUCGGCGUGACACCUUCAAUCACCUGACUCGCUGGUUGGAAGAGGCACGGCAGAAUGCGAAUGCAAACAUGGUUAUCAUGCUCAUUGGCAACAAGUGCGACCUGGACCGACGUGAGGUCACCUACGAGGAGGGUGCGCAGUUUGCCCGAGACCAUGGCUUGAUUUUCAGAGAGACGUCAGCAAAAACGGCGCAGAACGUGGAGGAGGCCUUCAUACAGACGGCCCGAAAGAUCUACGAGAACAUCCAGAACAAUGUCUAUGACCUGAGUUCGGAGAGCAGCGGAAUCAAAGUCGGCAUGCCGCCAACAGGCGCUGGGUACCAGCACGGGCCUCCACGGCUCGAUGGUCGUCAGACCGGUGGCUGCUGCAACUGA